GGUCCGCUAACUGUUGCGUCACUUUCCCUCGAAGGUCCCAACAGGAAGGUCCUUACCGGUUGAUUUCUUUAGUUCAUAACACCUCGUCCCGGUCCUCCUUCAGAAGAAAAAUGUACUACAAGUUCAGUGGUUUCACCCAGAAACUAACGGGCUCUGCUCCCGCAACCGCCUACAACCCUCAGGGACUGAGAUCCGGUUUGCCAGCUGAGUCUCCAACCAUGAUCUUUGCUACACCCACAAAGGUGGUGUCAGAAGCAGGGGCCACAGCAGAGUACAUGGGAGCAAACAAGGUUCCCGACCUCCAGAAAGUAUUCCAGACGUCAGACGGUAUCCCCGUUCAUUUGAAGCGCGGUUAUCCCGACAGGCUACUGUACCGCACCACUAUGGCUCUCACUAUAGGAGGUGUUGCGUACUGUCUGGUGGCGCUCUACAUCGCAGCCCAGCCCAACAGAAAGUGACCAACACAACUGCCAUCUUCCUGCCACUGCUCCAUUUAACUACCAUUCACAGCAUUCAUUUAUCGGCCCUCGCUAUACCACCUCUUGGGACUCUUUUUAGAUGAUCUUCAUCAAGCCACUGAAAACUAUUUUAAUGUCUUUCUUCUUUGAAAGGAAAAAAAGAUGUCUGAUUUAAUAAAAUUUCAAGAAGAAAGAAGUUAAAAGA